AUGACAUCGCCAGAAGUUCAGGAUAAUGGAGAGCGGCGACCGCUUCUUGGUGAGCAGGAUCACGGCCAUGACUCUGAAAAUGACGCACAAGCAACAGACGUAGAGCCCCGCGGCACUUUCUCCCGUAACCUCGGUGCACGGGAGGCAUUCGCAAUUGUCAUCAGCAUCGUGAUCGGAAGUGGUAUCUUCACGUCGCCUGGGUCAAUUGACACAAAUGUGCCAUCGCCGGGUGUGGCACUGCUCAUAUGGCUCGUCGGAGGGAUAUUGGCCUGGACCGGUGCGAGCACCAUGGCUGAGUUGGGAACUGCGAUCCCUGGUGAAGGCGGUGUCCAACCGUACCUCCAAUACAUCUAUGGCGACGUCUUUGGAUUCCUCGCCGCGUGGACUUGGGUCGUUGCGGUGAUGCCAGCAACGCUUGCUAUACUCAGCAUCGUUUUUGUGGAGAGCAUAUUCUCGGCGAUUGGCGUCACGGACCAAGCUGACUCUGUUGAGCACAAGCUACUCUCCAUUCUGAUCCUGGUCGUCAUGAAUGUUGCCAACUCCAUCAGCACCAAAGCCAGCACGCGGCUGAACAAUUUCUUCGUCUUCACCAAGUUCGUCAGCAUUGCUGGGAUCGUCAUAGCUGGGGUCGUAGUUGUAGCUCUCCAAUUGGCAGACCCCGAUAGAGAUAUAGGCGGCAGGGAUUGGUUCAAGAAGUCAUGGUUUGCUUACCGCACUACCGUCAAUCCUGACGGGGACAAAACUGAAUGGGAGAAACUCUCUCAAUGGGAGCUACUUGGGCACUACUCGGCCGCAUUGUAUGGAGCCUUAUGGGCAUAUUCCGGAUGGGAUAAGGCGAUAUACAUCUCGGCCGAGCUCUCCAAACCAGCGCGUCAGCUGCCAUUGGCCAUCAACACCGCCGUGCCGACCAUCGUCCUGUGCUUUCUCGCUGCCAAUGCUGGGUACUACAUCCUCCUUCCGUGGAACGUUGUGUCGACAACAGACAGUGUUGCAGUGACCGCGAUAACGCGCCUCCUUGGCCCUGUUGUCGGUGUUGUUGCUGCUAUUCUGAUCUGCUUGGUGGUGGCAGGAUCACUCCUUGGUAACUCGUUUGUCGCAGGCCGUAUGGCGGUGGCUGCUGCCAACAAAGACUGGCUGCCACGUUUCUUCGCCAUCGUUGGUCGGGUUGGCUUUGGAUCCAACCAGGACUCUUCGUCGGAAGGCAACAGCGAUGCCGCUAGAUCUCCCAACCGUUCGGAAUCAGAUGCGCCUCUGAACGCCAUACUACUAUCGACUAUUCUUUCUGCACUCUACAUCUUGCUCGGAAGCUUCCGUCACCUGUUGACUUUCAACGGAUUGGGCGAAUACUCGUUUUUCUUCCUAACAGUCGUAGGUGCUGUUGUGCUUCGUUUCCGGGAACCCAAGCUGAAACGGCCCUAUCGGCCUUUCCUCCUGGUUCCAUUGGUAUUUGCAGCCGUGAGCGGGUUUGUUGUUGUCAGGGGUGCCAUCUUCGCUCCGAGACUAGCUCUUGUUCUGGUUGUGGUUUGGGCACUUGGACUCGGUUUCUAUCAAAUUAGGAAGUAUCUGGGACAGAGUGCUGCGUGA